UACACAGUGUGCACUAAAUGGAGCACAGAGUUUCCUUUAUUCUGUGUAGUGUCUGAACGCCUCAAGUGGCCUUGCUUUCUCAUAUUUUAAUAAAAGAAGGCCUUUGUUCAGCACUGCUUGAAUCUGGGAACAUGCUGGGUCUACUUGAUAACAGGUUGUACCGUCAGGAGGUCGCACUUGGAAAAACUGGAAUUUGCGGAGAUUAAUUCUUGCUGCGAUGGGCAGGGAGGGCCUGUUGGCAGUCCUGUACGCUGCCUCGGCAGUCUUGUCCGUCGUGACGGUCGCUGCAUCCACCACGGUGUGGCUCCACUGGAGUGAGAUCCUGGACAACUGCGCCUCCAGAUACUGCGGCUGCAUUCUUAAUGGGGAGAGUUCACCCAUCAUGUUCAGUGGCGGAGAAAUCCAGCUGUGCCAUUUUGUGUCAUUUGCGCCGCUGCCUGUUUUUGCAAUAGCUCUGAUUUUGAGCUGUUACUACGGCUAUAAGGCCUGUAUGUACAAGAAAGUAACCAGAAGGACUUCUAAAAGAAGGAGCGGCAGGAGUGUGGCAGUGGCGAGGUCGGCGGCGGAGGACCCGCAGGCGGCAGGCGGGCAGAUGGCCCUCGCGUGGUGGCUGGUGCUGCUGGUGACGUCAGUCCUGUGCUGCCUGCUGCUGCUGGCGGCGGCCGCCGCGCUCACGGCGGGCUACCACGCCUCGUGCUCCCAGUACCGAGAGGUGGCGGUGCGCGAGCUGGGCGCCGUGGGGGACGCCGCCGCCGCCGUCUACGACCGCCUCAGCUGCGACUCCAUCUUCGACAUCAUGGACUUCGUGGAGCCCCACACGCGGCCCUUCCUCGCCAAGGUCGGGCAGGAGGACUACUACCCGCUGUCGGAGCAGAGGGACCGCUACCGCGGGGACCCCGUGGACACCGGCGGCGCGCUCCUGACCGCCAUCAUCAGCUCGUGGCUCAACUUUAUGGUCUGGCUGGUGCUGAUCGCGGCCAACGUGAAGCUCUACGGACGCUGCAAGUGCUGCUAG